GUUUGACAGAGACGUUACUUGCUAGAGGCACACUUGACAACUACAGUGGAAAGAAGCACAUUUUCUGGCAUCCUUUCUUCAUGGUUACCUGUAUGUUCAUUGGAGAAUUCUGUUGCCUUUUUGUCUACUAUCUGGUGAGAUGGGCCAGAUACUCAGAUGCACCAAUUGAUCGCGAUGGCGGGAAAUUCAAUCCGUUGAUCUUUUUUCCAGCAGCACUUCUUGAUUUAAUACAGAUGGUUCUGUUCUUCUUGGGAAUCAGUUUAGUAUUAUUCAUUCAGAUUACACCUUUUCAACUGAUGAAAGGUGUAAUGCUGAUCUUUGUCUCACUGCUGUCUGUUGCAUUCUUUGGCCUUUCCCUGUCAAAGCAGAAAUGGUUGGGAAUAUUCUUCAUUGUCAUCGGUCUUGUAAUAGUUGGAUUACCAAAUCUUUACAACAGAAUUGAAGAUGGAGACAAAAUACAAAAAUAUUCGGUCAUUGCAGGAGAACUAUUCAUUGCCAUGUCACAAAUGUUAGCUGCCAUUUUAGUGGUUUAUGAGCAGUAUUGGAUCCAAAGGUGCAACAUUCUCCCUCUUGCAGUUAUUGGCUGGGAAGGGUUGUUUGGUACCAUGAUGGCUAUUGGAAUGCUAAUCGGUUUCUACAACUUCAGAGCCAAUAAUUUCAGCAACUUACCUUCUCACAGACUUGAAGAUGCCUUAGAUGCCAUGAAACAGAUCGGUUCCUCCUGGCGAAUAUCUUUAUCUGUUCUUGGGACAAUGAUCAGUUUUGCAGCAUUCCGAUUCGCAGGAGUGACUCUAACAAAACAUUGGAAUGCCACUACACGCAUGAUAUUCGAAUGCCUAUGUGUCGUAUUUAUUUGGAUUGCAAUGGUACCGGCACACUGGAGACACGACCUUUGGUAUACACCUUUCGGCUUGAUUCUGAUUCUCCUUGGCUUCGGCAGUUUCUAUGGUCUCAUCUUCCAGCGAACUUUCUGUCGCUGCAAUAUCACAGUGUGCAACCGGAGAGGAAAUGAUGAGUUACUGAUACCAGUUGACCAAGACGGAAAUGGUUGCAUUCAAGAAAUUGCUUAAGAAAUGUAACCUUUGUGAAGACAGCAGUAAAUUAGAUGGUCAGACUGUUGAUGUGGUAACCACCUCUGCAACAGCAGCAAUAUCAGCAACAACA